UUAACCACUUGCCGUCCAGCCGCUGUAUACAAAUGGCCAGACGGUGGCAGUCCGGGGGCGGGUUGCCGUUUAUAAACAGCGCCCGCCAUUUUGGACUGUGUGCGCUCCCUUGGAGUGCGCAGCACCACAAUCCGGUGCCCGCUGUGUCCCCCGGACACAGUGGGACACCGAUCAUUGUAAGGGACCUCUAUGCGAGGUCCCGAUCAUGUGAUCACUGAUUGGCCAAUCAGUGAUCACAUACAGAGUAGUAAGCAAGAUGUCACUUCUGACAUCAUUGCUUACUAUGUGUGAAAUCUGUGAAUGAUCACAGAGGUCACAUGGUACAAGGCUAUUCACAACAGCCCUCUACCAUGUGACAAGCUGUGACCAAUCACAGCUCACACAGUA